AGGGGAAGAAGAUGAGCACCAUCAUGAAACUCGUGUCUUUUGCAAUGCUACUUAUCCUUCUGCUCUCUGUUGAUGUUGAAGGGUCCGAGUCCGACGGUUCGUUGUGCUGUAACACACAUCCGAAUUUUGGAGUAUGCAAAACGCAACAAGACAAGAAGAGAUGCAACACUUGGUGUCUUAAAGGGUGUAAGAACAAGAAAGGCGGUUUUUGCAAACGUCUUCCUAGUAGACCACAAUGCCAUUGUUACUGUUAA